CAUAAGUCCCUGACCUGACCCUUAAUGCUUUUCUUUUUCCUUGAUUUUAUUUUGCUUUUUAAAUCUCUUGAUCCAAGAGUUCACGUUUACUUGUAACAGAAGUCUUUGUAAAUCAUAUUAGCAAAGCCUCGUCUUUUUUACUCUCUCUCUCUCUCUCUCUCUCUCUCUCCAAUGAAAAAUGUCAUCUUUCCAAAACUCUCACAUUGAUUUGGAAAAUGGUUCCGGCGACCGCUAUUACCGUCGAAGCGACGUCAGCGGUGAAGACAGUUCUUCUUGUGAUUACGACUACGAUUUCCACUCGGCUGUUCGUAGCUUUUGCGGCGAGUUUGAGAUUGCUGAUGAUGAUGACUUCGGUGGUGAUGAUGAAACAGAUCAUUCCGAAUCAGAAGCCUCUCGAUCAGUUGGCGGGUCUCCUGAAAAAGACUGCAGGAUUUGCCAUUUGGGUUUAGAGAGUAGUCGCCACGAAUGUGGAGACCCGAUGGUUCUUGGAUGUUCUUGUAAAGAUGAUUUGGGUUAUGUUCAUAAGCAAUGUGCCGAUACUUGGUUCAAGAUCAAGGGUAAUAAGACUUGUGAGAUUUGUCGCUGUAUAGCUCAAAACUUCUCUAAAGUUGCCAAUGAGAUUGAUCAAACAACGGUUGAAACCAAUGUGGAUGACGUGGAGGCCGGAAAUACAUCCACGGUGGUGGCCACAAGUGAUUCCGAUGACCGGAGAUUCUGGAGAGGAAAUAGAUUCCUUAAUUUCCUUUUAACAUGUAUGGUCUGUGCAUUUGUAAUCUCAUGGUUCUUUCACUUUAACUUGCCUUCACAACAAUGACAUAGAAGAUUUUGUAAAAAUCCUCUGUUUUUUUUUUUGCUUC